CAUUUCCAAUAUGGCCGCCGUUUUUGUUGUUGGAGCACGUGUUAAAAUGAUUUCAUUUCUUCGUUAAAACAUAGUUAGUAGUUCAUUUUUAAACAUGGGACGACUUCGUAAACGCCACAACUGGAAAGCACGCCUGGUUGAAGAUAAUAAUAAUAAAGCAGAGCAAAAAACCGAAGCAAACAAUUCAAAUAUUGUGAAAAGCUCUUCAACUGUUGAGAAUGACUUGGUUUAUGGCAACGCGUUAAACGGCAGCAAUAUGCUGGCUUUGCCCUCUAAGAAAGCAGAGAAGGAAACAAGAUAUCUGCAUCUACCUACAGAGAAGAAACAUCUCAGCAAAAAAGCGAGAAAACGUCUAGAAAAAAUUGUUGAAACAAAAAAGAAAAAAUCAAAGCGUGCAGAUGUUUUGAAGUUGCUGGCACAGUCAUCAGUAAGUGAGAAUGAGAUUUCUCAAUAUAGCUCAGCAAGUAGACUGGGACAGGUGAAUAACAGCGAUUUGAAAAGGAAAUUGUCUGGUGAGGUGCAAGAGAGUAACAUACAGCCAUUAGUGAAAAGAGGAAGAAAGAAAGGAAAGAAAGAACGACUGAGAAUGAAAAUGAAAAAGUUGGAAGAAAAGGAGGAUGUUCAAGUGGAAACAAGCUCAGGUGAUGAUGAUAAUGAUGAUGUCGCCAGUGAUAAUGAAAAACAGGAUGAAGUGGAAGCACUGAAAAAUGAAAUGGAAAGACAGGAAAAGCAAGAAGUUGAAGUGGAUGAAAAAGAAAAGGAAAUCGAAAAGAAAUCACAUGUAGAGGAGCAAAAUGUUUCAUCUGGUAUUUCAUUUGACUCACCACAUACUAAAGAAGGUAAAGUAGAACAAACAAUUUCUGAACAGCAGACCAGUGGAAACUCAACUGAUACAUCAAAACAUACUGAACAGUCAACUAUUAAAACUUCUUUGAACAGUGGAAAUUCAGCAGAAAUUACAAAAGGUACAGCAGAAGAAACUACAAAUUCUUUGGAUGUGGUGGCAACAACAGCCAAACCUUCUGUUUUUGUUCAAGUUAACCGUGAUCCUGAGAUUCAAACUGCUCGGCUACAGCUACCAAUCCUAGGUGAAGAACAAGCAGUUAUGGAAGCUAUCAAAGAAAAUGAAAUUGUUCUUUUAGUUGGUGAGACAGGGAGUGGGAAGACAACACAAGUCCCACAGUUCUUGUACGAGGCAGGUUAUGCCCUCCAAGGAACUAUUGGUAUAACUGAACCAAGAAGAGUUGCGGCUGUUAAUAUGUCACAAAGAGUUGCAUUAGAGAUGUCUUUGCCGAGAAGUAAAGUAUCCUAUCAAAUUCGAUAUGAAGGAAACACAACAUCAGAAACAUGUGUGAAAUUCAUGACUGAUGGUGUACUCUUAAGAGAAGUUGAAAAAGAUUUCCUUCUGUCAAAUUAUUCUGUCAUUGUCAUUGAUGAAGCUCAUGAACGGAGUGUCUACACAGAUAUCCUUAUUGGUUUGUUGUCCAGGAUUGUUCUGUUAAGGAAAAAACAAGGAAAUGUUUUAAAACUUAUCAUUAUGUCAGCAACACUCAGAGUAGAAGAUUUUACCAACAACACAGCCCUGUUUAGUCCCACUCCACCUGUAGUCAAAGUUGAAUCUCGCCAGUUUCCUGUGACCAUUCACUUUAAUAAGCGCACACCAACAGAUUAUGUGAAUGAAACUUUUCGUAAGGUAGUUAAAAUUCAUAAAACCCUCCCGGACGGUGGCAUCCUUGUAUUUCUAACAGGGCAAAAUGAGAUUCAUUCUCUCUGUAGGAAGUUAAGGAACAUCUUUCCCUACAAGAACUCCUUGAAACCUUCAGACCAAGAGAACACAAGUGAGAAGAAAGCUGGAAUUAACCUGGAUGAUUAUUCAAUGUCCUCCAAGACUAUGGUAAUUGACAGGGAGAUGGAAGAUGAAGAUGUUGGAGAGGCAGUAAUUGCUGAUGAUGAUAGUUCAAGUGAGUCAGAAUGCCAUGACACCCAAUGUUUUGAUGAUACAAAUUCAUCACCUAUGUAUGUCCUACCUCUUUAUUCAUUACUCUCCAAUGAGAAGCAACGAAAGGUAUUUGAAACUCCCCCAGAUAAUGCGAGGUUUUGUGUGGUUGCCACAAAUGUUGCCGAAACCUCGCUAACCAUUCCAAACAUCAAAUACGUUGUUGAUGCUGGGAUGGUGAAGAGAAGAUAUUAUGACAAGACAACAGGAGUGUCUUCUUUUAAAAUCACAUGGACAUCUCAAGCGUCAGCCAAUCAAAGAGCUGGAAGAGCUGGUCGAGUUGGUCCUGGUCAUUGCUAUCGCCUUUAUUCGUCUGCAGUGUUUAACAAUGAUUUUGAAGAGUUUACUCAACCUGAUAUUCUCAGACGACCUGUUGACGAUCUCGUUCUGCAGAUGAAAGCUAUCAACAUUGAUAAAGUUGUCAACUUUCCUUUUCCAACUCCGCCAGAAAGUAAAGUUCUUGAAACAGCUGAGAAGUUGCUCAUUGAUCUCGGAGCAUUGGCACCAAAGAAGACGAGGAAAGGAGUUAUUACUUCAAUAAUCACAUCUCUUGGUCGAACCAUGACGAAAUUUCCUGUGUCCCCACGUUAUGCGAAGAUGCUUUGCUUGGGACAUCAGAAUCAGUGCUUGCAAUAUGUCAUUGUCGUUGUUGCAGCUCUUACGGUCCAUGAAAUAUUUUCAUCAGGAGGCCGUGAAGGUGAAGACAAGAAAGAACGAAUAAGUAGCAUUACAAAGCUCAGAAGAAGAUGGGCUGGUGAUGGUUUGUCUCAGUUGCUUGGUGAUUUCAUGGUUAUGUUACGUGCUGUUGGUGCUGCCGAGUUUUCUGGUUGUUCUUCAAAGUUUUGUCAAUCCAGUGGUCUGCGACACAAGGCCAUGGUUGAGGUGCGCAAACUAAGAGUCCAGUUAACAAACGCAGUCAAUGGCGUCAAUCCAGAUGCUCAGCUGUAUGUUGAUCCAAAGAUGAAACCACCAUCACCAUCUCAGACAAAGAUCUUGAGACAGAUUAUUUUGUCCUGCUUUGGUGAGAAUGUUGCUCGUCGUAUGUCUGCUGAAGAUUGUGCUAAUCGACAAAUCAAGAAUGCUUAUGAAUGCCACCUGACUGAGGACCCUGUAUUUAUUCAUCCAACCUCUGCUCUCUUCACUGUCCUACCGGAGUUUAUUGUGUUUCAGGAAAUAGUGGAAACCACUAAACUUUAUGUGAAAGGUAAGAUGUUUAAAGUCUGUUUGCCAAAUAGUCCGUUCAAACAAUGAUUCAGUGCAUACAACUAGGAAUACGCAUCAAUAAGCGUAAUACAUAUAUUUUAGGUUCAAUUCUUUUGUAUUUUAAAUUUCGAGGCUUUCGGUGUUAAGUCGUUCAUUUUUAAUCCAGUUUUUGUUUUAUGACAGUAUUUUAUCAAAUCCUGGCUUUUUAUUGUGACCUUUCUGCCUCAGUGAUCACUUUUUAGUUGAAAAGCAGUCGUUUUUGUAGGCAACCUACUAUGAAAUUUAGUUCUAAACUUGAUACAGGAUUGUCCAAAUUCAACCGAAUUGUUUUCGCUCUAUUUUCGCUGUAGAUGAUGAGUAGCUGUGGGAAUGUAAAAGUCGCGUCGUGUUGACGUUUAUCCUUUUGGUUUUGUUAUUGUUGAGACUUUAGCGAGGUUCAGAUUUGACUUCCACUACCGCUACCAUUAAUGGACUAUUAACCAAUCAAUUGCGUUUGACAUAUCCGAUUAACCAAUCGUACGAAGCGUACUGAGCCAGUGAGGUACUCUAUUUAGGUACUCUGGCUAAGAAUGUUUUGUUACAAUGUCGACCAGAUGACAGUAACUGACCACAGCAAGGCCGCAUUUUGAGGGGAGGUGCGCACCUCCCCUAAGAUCGUUUUGCACCUCCCCUGAGAAUUUUUGCACCUCUCCUUGGGAAAGUUUCAAUGAUAGAUCAAAGUGAAAAUUUGACAUUUUUUGGUUGCUUAGGGUCUACACUUCGUACGAAGGUUUUUCUGUAAAAUUGAAACAGUGAUAGCCAGUCAUCUUUGUGUCAAGUACCUUUUUAAUACAAUGUUUUGAAAGAAGCUUUGUAGUAAUUGUAAUGAAGGGCAAAAUUGGAUGAGUUGUACAGUCAUGAUUCAUUAAUACACUGAUACACAUGUACACGACAUGCAUACGUCACGUCGUUGACUUUGGCCCGUUCUAGACCGCUGCCCCUCCCCUAAAUUUUUUCCACCUCCCCCACUAUUUCUGCCAAAAUCCGGCCCUGGACCACAGUCGGAUCAUCGCGUUAUAAUACAGGUUCAGAUUUCCACUACUACUACUUCUCACUGGUUUAGUACGCAUCUGAUUAGUUAAUCGGAUAUAUCAAACGCAUCUCACUGGUUAAUGGUCCCUUAAUUUAAUGGUAGCGGUAGUGAAAUCUGAACCUCUCUGAGAGCCUGUUACUCGCCCAGGUGGGACAAACAAGCGCUCUGUUUAUAUGGAAUCGAGUUACUCGGCAUUUGUCGCAUGAUCGCCGAAAUGGCGCCAAAAUACAAAAAGGAUUUUAGUCGUUUGAAACGUUAAAAAACGUUACAAAAUGUCGUUAAAAUACCAGAAUAAGCGCCGAGAAAUUCAGGAAAACUUAGCUAAUGGUUCGUAUGUGUUUUUGAGCUAUUAUAUUUCAAAUACAAAGCGCAUACAUUCUAUCUCAGGCGGCCGGGCAAAGUGUUUACAUGGAAAAUAUUCAUCCCGCGCCUAACCGAUGUCCCGCCUCUUUCUGCCGGGAACUCGGCAAGGCGAGUUUAUACUCGGCUGCAUCAUGUGAACAGUCACCCGGGAUAACUAUUAGUUUCUAUAAUAGCCGCGAUCUCGCCGUUGCCAAGUAACUCGCUUUGCCGAGUAACUCGCCUCCAUGUAAACAGACCCUGACAUAGCUAACGUUCCCACGUGGCAAAACUCCUCUAAUUUUUCUUAAUAUCGCUAUUCUUGGGGCAAGCUUCUUACACACUGUUUCUUGUAGGUGUCGCCGCCGUUGAGCCAGACUGGUUUGCUCUGUUAGUUCCACAGCAGUGCUCCUUUUCCAAACCUCUGAAAGAUCCCGCUCCGAGGUUUGACCAAACUGAAGGAAUUGUUAAAUGCCACAUAAAUGUUUCGUUUGGAGCUCGAGUUUGGUGUCUGCCUGUACAAGAGUUAGAGCAUCCAAAAUGUACCGAUAGGUACAAGUUGUUUGCUCGUUUUCUCUUGGAAGGUCACGUUGUGUCAAAGUUAGCCUCUUUUAGUCAGAAUCUUUUGGCGCUACCAUCAACUAUGGUUAAGACCUGGUCAAAGCUGCAGCCACGAACAGAAAUUCUGUUGAGAGAACUUGUAGACGGUGGUGUUGAUGACAAGGCUAGUUUACUUGCGAUGUGGAAGAAAGAUACAAACUAUUUGUUGAAGGCGUAUCUACAAUGGAUUCCGGAAUCCAAACAUGAUGCGGUCAUGAAGAUAUGGCCUCCUGUUGAACUGUAAUGGAGACUGAGCUAGGGUUCAGCGCUGCUUCUGCUCUUAUUGAACAUAGCAGGGAAUUUAAAGACGAAUUAAAACGAUUAUGUAUAGUAACUGUCUAGGAUGCGAUUUACAGUUUAGCCAAUUCGCUAACGGCCCGUGCACACACUGCGAUUUUCUGUACCAGAUGGAUGUGAAGGAGUGGAUGAGUUAUAAAUGUUCCAGGUUAUGAAAUUUCGUAACAACGUCAUUAAGUAAUCUACUCCUUCAUAUCCUCCAAAAGGAGAAAAUCGCAACUAAAAUCGCAGCAAAAAUCGCCCGUGUAAACGGGCCUUAAACAAACACGCGUAUGGAAAUUUCGCAAUUAACUAAUCAAGAAUUGUGGCGUCGACAGUAAUAUUCGUACGCCAGAGAAUGACAAUCGUAUACGACUAAUUCAACCAGACUUAAGGUGGCUCGAUACAGUUUUUUAAAACUGGAAAAUUUGCGAUUUAGAUCCGUUUGGACAAGUAUUACUUGUUGAACAACAAAAAACAUCUUACUGAUGUAAAACAACAUCGAAACUCUAAAGAGUUUUCGAAAUGUUUCACAACAGUUAUGCAACAACGUUUCAAAAGUUGUUGAAACGUCGUUGUUGCCAUAUAGCAAUGGCAGUUCUGUAACUUUUUGUUAAAAAAGCAAAUCCGUUAGAUGUUGUUUUACAUCGGUUCAAAGAUACUUUUUGUUUUUAAACAAGUAAUAAUUGUCCAAAAAUACGGAUCUAAAGCGUGAAUUUUCCACUUUUUUUUAAACUGUAUUGAGCCACCUUAAGAUCGACAGCUUUGACAACGAAAUAAACAUUGUGCAUGUUUCCACAAAACGAAAGCGAGGAGGGAAAUUCAAAAAUGAUAAAAAGAAACAACACGAAAGAGCAAAUACUCAUUCAUAAAGUAACCUGUAUUCUCAGGCUAUGAAUAAAGCCAAAGGCGUCUUCUUUAUUAAGCAUAAAUAACAGCAAUUUGUUAUUGAACAGCACAACGUGAAAUACAUUUCAUUUAAAAUUCAGAAUCAAAACCCUGGCCAAUCAACUGUUGUCGUCGAUUAUUUUCAACAGCAGUUGUAACCAUACUUCGACACUUGAUGUGGCUGAAGCUCAUCUCGCCAUAAUGCUGUGGACAAAGAUAAAGAAAUUGUUGUAAAUACCGGAUAGCUUUCCGUAGCGACGUGAAAAACACCUAUCCGUACCUUUUAGGAACGCUAUUUUCAGAGGAAUUAUUGCAAAGGAGAGGUCAGUGAGCUCUUAUAUAUAUAUAUCUGGAGUAAGAACUUCAGUCAUUCGGUCAAAGAGAAAAGUGAAGCCAAGAUGGCGGCCAUUGACAUUCAAUAGCUCUGAAGGUCGUAAACAGUUUUUAUACCAUUUUCCCCAGCUAAUUCCAGUUUUCUCUAAUGGACUGUAUCACUAAACAAGUUAUCAGUUCAUAAAAUCACAAUAUUAUUCUUUAAAUCGAAGUCAAAAUACGAAAUUUCAACACACUCCUUGCCAAGAUGGCGGAAAUUGAAGGAGCUAUUGGACGUCAGUUCCAGUCCCUUUCUAUUGUUUUUGUAUGCGCGGUUAACACGAAACUGGCUUCACUUUGAGCAACCAAGUUCCCACUCCAGAUAUAUAUGGAGCUCACUGGGAGAGGUUUGGUUUCGCUCAGCUUCUGAAAGUUGUACAUUCCGUAUCGGACAGGUGUUUUUCGCGCCGCUACGGAAAGCUAUCCGGUAUAGUGUAAAUGUAGCAUAUAUGUGAGACAAUUUUACGUUAGUGUCACAGUUAGGGCAAUCCCGUUUUGGUCUAGUGUUACUCCAGUACAUGACGAAACCCGAUUGUCCAAAUAAAACCUGUGGUGUCACUUCUCACAUAGCUUCGCGUGCGAUACAGGAGAAUUUAUGCAUGAGAACAAAUUACUACUUACAGACAACAAUAUUUGAACUUUAUGCACCACAAGAACUGCAACAGCUACUCCAAGAAAGUGAAGAUCCCUGAUUGAUGAACCUGUAAAUUAUAUGGACUUAUAUUUACUGCGCCACUUAUUGAA